UUUAAAUUUCAAAUUUUGUGUUUUUCAGAACAUUGGAUUGUAAAUAGGGAUAUACUCAAGAUGAUAACCUUUAUGGUGCCAAUACUGAUGACAGAAAAAACCAAGUGUCACCAAAAGUGACAUAACCUGCAAAAAUUCAAAAUAUUUAUUUCAGAGACUAAUGUUUAUGAUUGCACGCGCUAUGGACACCGUAGACUACAACGAAGUGCAAACUCUAUGCCGCGUUUGCCUUACGAAGCGCCCCAACAUGACCCCUCUUACCGACGAAAUUGACCAUAACGAAACGUGUCUUUCGAUUCUGGAAACACUGGAACAAGUCAUGUCACAAAAAGUGAUAAUGCGCGACAAGUACCCCUCAUUCAUUUGCCCGUCGUGCAAAACCACCCUCAAAACGGCGCACGACUUGAACGUUCUGUUUCACAACUCAGAGGCAAGUCUGACGAUUUUCUUCAACGACGUUUCACCCCCAGAAAAACCCGAAAAAACAGACGUUGAACUAAUUUUCGCUGGACACAAAUUUGACAUUAAGGAUGUAGUCAUCAAGGAAGACCUAGAAGAAGACAAACAGAAUUUUGACGGUUUUUUAAACAAUUUAGGUACAGCAGUGACUGCAGUUUUUGUGAAUAAAACAACAACAAACUUUACUACAACAGAAAAAAGCCCUGUAGAUUUAAACUUAAAAAGUGACCUUGUGUGUCCCCACUGUGAUAUAACUUGUCUUACGAAAAUUGAGCUCGUUGGUCAUUUCAAACAAGCCCACUAUAGACUCCUCAAGAUUUGUAAAACCUGUGGUUUAAAAAAGAAUGAAAAUUCACGGUGUAGAAAGUGUGCGAGGAGGCAAUAUUUGUGCGAUAUUUGUGGCCACGUUAGUAACACGCUCGGUAGGGCGAAAGUACACAGACAGACCCACGCAGGAAAAACGUUCGAGUGUCACAUUUGCCACAGGAAAUUUUCCUACCAAAUAUCGUUGAACCUUCACGUGAAAAGUCAUGCCAAUGUCCGAAACCACUUGUGUACUCUAUGUGGAAAAACCUUCUUCUACUCUAGCGCUUUAGUCUACCAUAUGAGAAUGCACACAAACGAGCGCAGCUUCAAGUGCGAAUACUGUGACAAGACUUUCUACAUGAAGUCGGCGCUGAAACGCCACACCAGGAUCCACACCGACGACCGACCCUACGUUUGCAAUUUCUGCGACAAGGGCUUCCGCUCCAACGGCGAAAAAAGAAAGCACGAAAUGAUCCACACCGGAGAAAAACCCCACAAAUGUCGCUUCUGCCCUAAGACUUUCACGUCGAGAUACAACCAACUGGUGCACCACAUGGCACACUCGGGCCCCCACGAGUGUGACCACUGCAGCCACUCUUUCAUCGAAAUCGAGUUUUUAAGACGCCACCUCAAAAGCAAACACAAUUCGUGAAAAAUUAAACCAUUUCGAAA